AUGGCGUUCCAGCCUACUCCGAUGGAUAUCUCCGUCAUCAUCACCAAUGCGGCUCUAGCAAAGCCUGGGGAUUCGGAGCCUCGAUUCCUGACUGAGCGCCGAAUCACCCCAACCUGGACGGUGAUGCAGGUCAAGGCAAAGUUGGAGACCAUGACGGGAAUUCCACCAGGAUGCCAGCGCCUGCGGGUGAAAGUCCCCGGUCGACCUGACCAGUGGGCCGAUGGAGACGACCGCCUAAUUGGGGAUUGGGGUUUGGUGAAGGGGUCGGAGAUCGAGGUCAAUGACAGUCGCCCACAAACCAUGCGGGCUAACUUCACCGACUUGUCAUCGGUCGAGAAAUAUGUGUUGCCAACCAAGACAUAUGAAGCCCGUUCGGACUCUGUAUUAGCUUGGAAGAGGAGUCAGAAGCUGGGUCGGUUUGAUCCUAACGCUCUAUCCCCUGAAGAUGCUCUACGCCAUCAAGUUGAGAAAGACCAACACGAGGUUCAAACGAGAGGAAUCACUAUUACUAAACGAGCUAUCGCUUUGCCUUCAUCUCCACCGCAUAUUCGACGCGGCACGAUCCGCUUUGUUGGACCUGUUCCGACUAUUCCUAUUACCGGUCCGGGUCGUGAGCUGCAACAGAAUGCAGAACUUCCGGCAGAUCUCCAGCCAAUCUGGGUCGGAAUUGAGCUUGACGAGCCGAUGGGGAAGAAUGACGGUAGUGUGGGCGGACAGCGCUACUUCGAGUGCUUAGGCACCAGGGGUGUAUUUGUGAAGCCUGAGAAGGUUGAGGUUGGAGAGUUCCCCCAUUGGGUCUAG